CGCGGGGCUCGCGGUGCAGGUGAGCAAAACAUGACAGAAACAGAUGCCUUCCCUACGAGAAAGGUAAAAAUGCAACCGAAACGCAAAAAAAGAUUUGUGCAGCCUAUGGAGAAGGUGCUGUGACUGAUCGAACGUGUCAGAAGUGGUUUGCAAAGUUUCGUGCUGCAGAUUGCUCGCUGGACGAUGCUCCACGGUCAGGUAGACCAGUUGAAGUUGAUAGCGAUCAAAUCGAGACAUUAAUUGAGCACAGUCAACGUUCUACCACUCGGGAGAUAGCCGACAUACUCAGAAUACCCAAAUCAAGCACUGAAAAUCAUCUGCACCAGCUUGGUUAUGUCAGUCACUUUGAUGUUUGGGUUCCACAUAAGUCAAGUAAAAAAAAACCUUCCUGACCGUAUUUCCACAUGCGAUUCUUUACGUAAUGAAAACGUUCCAUUUUUAACAAAUUGUGACGGGCGAUGAAAAGUGGAUACUGAGCAAUAACGUGGAAUGGAAGAGAUCGUGGGGCAAGCGAAAUGAACCACCAUCAACCACACUAAAGGCUGGUCUUCAUUCCAAAGAAGGUGAUGUUGUGUCUGUGGUGGGAUCGGGAGGGAGUUCUGUAUUAUGAGCUCCUUCCGGAAAACCAAACGAUUCGUUUCAACAAGUACUGCCCCCAGUUAGACCAACUGAAAGCAGCACUCGAUGAAAGCGUCCAGAAUUAGUCAACAGAAAAUGCCUAAUCUUCCAUCAGGAUAACGCAAGACUGCAUGUUCCUCUGAUGACCAGGCAAAUACUGUUACAGCUUGGCUGGGAAGUUCUGAUUCAUCUGCCGUAUUCACCAGACAUCGCACCUUCAGAUCUCCAUUUAUUUCAGUCUUUACAAAAUUCUCUUAAUGGAAAAAAAUUUCAGUUCCCCGGUAGACUGUAAAAGGCACCUGGAACAGUUCUUUGCUCAAAAAGAUAAAAAGUUUUGAGAAGAUGGAAUUGAAGUUGCCUGAAAAAUGGCAGAAGGUAGUGCAACAAAACGGUAAAUAUGUUGUUCAAUAAAGUUCUUGGUGAAGAUGGAAAAUGUGUCUGUCUUUUACUUAAAUUCCGAAGGAACUUUUUGGUCCACCCAAUAUUUCAGGACUUUCCUUGCCAGUGUGGCUGGGAGGCUUCCCUGGGGCACACCAGUGGUCUGUCCGCCUAGCAGAGGAGGUGGAUGCAGCAGACCUCUAUCUACUCUAUAUGUUGACCUUGGGCUUGGAGGAGCUCGUUAUUUAAUAUGACUUAAGUGAUUGUUUUUAAAACUUUUCAUAAACAGAGAAGUGUUUGAUCCGGCAGAAACGUACAAAAUGAACCACAAGAGGAGAGGAAUUGCUUUAAUCUUCAAUCAUGAGAGGUUCUUCUGGCACUUAACCCUACCAGACAGGCAGGGCACCAGCGCCGACAGAGACAAUCUUAAGCGCAGGUUUUCAGAUCUAGGAUUUGAAGUGAAAUGCUUUGAUGAUCUUAAAGCAGAAGAACUACUGCUCAGAAUUCACGAGGCAUCAACCGCUAGCCAUGUAGACGCCGAUUGCUUUUUGUGUGUUUUCCUGAGUCACGGUGAAGGCAACCACAUCUAUGCAUAUGAUGCCAAGAUUGAAAUUCAGACACUGACUGGCUUGUUCAAAGGAGACAAGUGUCAGAGCCUGGUUGGAAAACCCAAGAUAUUUAUCAUUCAGGCAUGUCGGGGAAACCAGCACGACGUGCCAGUCAUCCCUUUGGACGCAGUGGAUCAUCAGACCAGCAAGCUGGAUGUCAACCUAACCCAGGUGGAUGCAGCCUCAGUUUACGCACUUCCUGCUGGAGCAGACUUCCUCAUGUGUUACUCUGUGGCAGAAGGUUAUUAUUCUCAUCGGGAAACUGUGAAUGGCUCAUGGUACAUUCAAGAUUUGUGCGAGAUGCUGGGAAAAUUCGGGUCCUCCUUAGAGUUCACAGAACUCCUCACGCUGGUGAACAGGAAAGUUUCUCAGCGCCGAGUGGGCAUCUGCAGAGACCCAAGUGCAAUUGGAAAGAAGCAGGUGCCCUGCUUUGCCUCAAUGCUAACUAAAAAGCUGCAUUUCUUUCCAAAAUCUAAAUGAUUGAUAGGUGCUAUUUUGUUUUAUGUAUCUGUAUUUUUAUAUAAAGAAGUAUCACUCGGUAAUGGUACAGCAAUUUUAAAUGUCUUAAGCUCUAAUGAGAGAACUUUACAAAAAAACAGCUCACAUUGGACAUGGUGAAGGGGUUUGAUAUGUGUAGAAAUGAAAUCCUCAGGGAAUUCCUAUAAAUAAAAAUCCACAAGCAUUUGUAAUACUUGACUUUUGUAGUAAAUUGCAAGGUUAGUCAAAAUACCUGACUGAUUUAACUUGUAUUCUGUGACUUUUUAUAAAACUUUAUAAUGUUUUUAAAAGUUUUUGAACCUAAUAAUUUGUUGUUUUCCUUUAAUAUCUGAAAUUCAUCCUUUAUUAAAUUUUUCAAAUUCACAUUCUUACUCAUUUGUGUAACUUAUAGAUGCUUGUUUUACUUGGUCAUAUAAAUUAAUCUACAUAUGAAUUAUCACUUUUUAUAUAAGACUUUAACUCUCACUUAAAAAAAAAAAAGAGUCUUCAAGAACUAUUACAUGGCAUUCUGAGGAAGAAAUAUAAAAACACAGUUAAUUCUUAGUCAGUAGAGGCUACACACUUGCAAAGUUUGAUUCUGUCAGUAUCUUGCGUGUUAGUUACUAUACACUGUCCGGCAGUCCCACUCACAGACCAUCAUCAUGUUCAUGGAAUAAUAGAUGUUACCUUUUUUUUCUUUUGGCUGUGCCACGCGGCAUGCGGCAUGCAGGAUCUUAGUUCCCCGACCAGCGAAUGAACCCGUGCCCCCUGCAGUGGAAGCUCGGAGUCUUAACCACUGGACCGCCAGGGAAUUCCCAGAUGUUACUUUUAAGAUUCAGUU